CGAUUGCCCGUCGUCUGGUGGGCUUCUCGUAACGACAGCAAGUAUUUGUCCCGCAAUAUUGUUUUUGUAUUGUAAUUGUUUAUCGUUGUUUUUCGUUAUCCACGUUUGUUAAUUAAUCGCGUCGAGCAUCUCGGGUCGUGUUGCAAAUCUUAAUUUUCCACGAGAUUCCGGCAUUGACAUCUCGCAAUGGCAACAAAACCGAAGAGAGCACCGCGAAAGAAAAACGGUUAUCAAAUGCCGGACCCGAUAUCGGCGGGAGAAAUUCUCACGGAUUUAUCAAAGGGACAGUGGAUUCUCGGCAAGUCAAUCGGCGUUGGCGGUUUCGGCGAGGUUUACUCUGCUGCACCCUAUUCCAGCAAGGUCCCAAAAAUUUAUCCUAACGUUAUAAAAAUUGAACCUCAUGGAAAUGGUCCAUUAUUUGUAGAAAUGCACUUUUACAUGAGAAAUUGCAAGCCGGAUGAAAUUACCAAAUGGCAGAAACAAAAGAAACUAGCCGCGCUUGGAAUGCCCAAAUAUAUUGCCUCAGGAAGCCAUGAGUAUAAAAAUAUAAAAUAUCGAUUUUUGGUGAUAGAUCGAUAUGGAAAAGAUUUAUGGAAAAUAUUUGUUGAAAAUAAUAAACAGUUUCCAGAGCAUAUAGUAUAUAAACUGGUUUUGCAAAUACUGGAUAUAUUAGAAUAUAUCCACAGCAGAGAUUACGUACAUGCCGAUAUCAAAGCUGAAAAUUUGUUAGUGGAUUUAAACUCUUUCGAUCAAGUCUACUUGGUUGAUUUUGGUUUAGCUUGUCGUUGUACAAAAAGUGUUGAAUUAAAAGUUGAUCCAAAGAAAGCACAUAAUGGCACUUUACAGUACACAAGCAGAGAUGCCCAUAUGGGAGUGCCAACACAGCGUGGUGAUAUUGAAAUAUUGAGUUACAAUAUGAUUAUGUGGUUACGUGGCUCGCUACCAUGGGAAAAGAUAACCGAUGCAGUUACCGUUCAAAAAGAAAAAGAAAAAGCUUUUAAAGAUAUACCCGGUUUCUUAAGCAAAUGUUUUUGCGGAACAGUUCCAGAAACUGUAAAAAAAUUCAUGACUUUGUUAUCUAAUCUGAAGUUUAAUGAAGAACCGCCUUAUGAAAAAUUCAAGGAAAUAUUGCUAGCUGGUUUAAAAAAAUUGAAUUGUAAACCAGAUGGAAAGUUGAGAUUAAAUAGCAUUGAUACGACUCCACCCGGUGCUUCACAAAACACAAAAAGAUCUGAAAACAAGGUAGAAAAACAAAGUAGAAAAAGUCCGCGCAGGAAGCAGACGGAUGUCUCAGAAAGUCCUCCACAUCCUGCAAAAUAUUCAAGAAAGAGUACCGUAGGUGUUGUGAUCGACAAAAAACGAGGUAAUUUGAAAGAUAUCGCGGCGGCAUUAGACAAAAUGGAUUCCGACGACGAAUAUGAUAUUCAAAUUCUGAAAAAAGCAAAAAAAGAACCUAAAAAUAAUGAAGUGCCAGGCCCGUCACACAGAAAAAAACUCUACAACAAAAAUUCUGAGGACAUUUUUGAAUCGGAAUCAGCAUCAAAACCACGUUCAAGUAAACGACAGAAAAAGCCAGCUGCAAGCGCAUCAAAUCGAAAGAUGAAGUCGUUGGACGAUUCAGAAACUACUUCAGAGUCCGAGGUUGUGUUAAAAGGAACAAAAUCGAGAACCAGAGGUAAAGUAACUACCAAGAGUAAAUUGCAGUCAGUCAAAUCGAACGUUGGUACUGAGUCAGAGGAAGAUAUCUUUGAGUAAUUUUUUCAAUGAAAUAAUAGUACAAUAUUGUAAUACUUGUAUCAUAAAUGUCUGUAGGAUGUGCCUUGAUUAUAGACGUUUUAUACAAGACUUUUUAUAUGUGCUGUAUACAUUAAUUACUAAUAUAUCUGCAGAUCAAUAUAUAUCGAAACAGUGUUAUUCGAAAAUUGUAAAUAUAAAAGUUUUGUAAACUACUAAAGUUUAUUAGAUCAGCUCUGUUACGGAAAAAAAAUACUCUGCCUUGUUUGGCAUUAUUUUUAGAAUAAAAAAACUUGAAUCUGAAUGCUGAA